AUGCGGUUGAUCGAUGUCGAAAUGGAGUCGGUUGGAGCUAUGAAGGUUACCAUGCCUAUUCUUGGGUCCCGUGGUCUGUGGGAAAAGGCGUCGCGAUGGGACAGCAUGGGCUCGGAACUUCUUCGUACGAAAGAUCGCCUUGGAGCCGAGUGGUGCUUACAGCCUACCGCCGAAGAGAUGUGCACUGAGUUGGUGGCAGAACUGCUUCCGCUGAAAAAGAGAAUGUUUCCACUUUUGUUCUACCAGACUACCGACAAAUUCAGAGAUGAGAUGAGUCCCAGGUUCGGUUUUCUACGAGCGCGUCCGUUUCUGAUGAAAGACCUUUACUCUUUCGACAUAGACAAGGAGGCCUCCGAUCGGACGUAUGAGAUGAUUUGCGGUGUUUAUGAUCGUAUUUUCAAGGACAUCCUGGGAUUGGAGACCUAUAAGGUGCCGGCUGCACCAGGAAUCCAUGGUGGGAGUCAGUCACACGAGUACCAUCUGAAAAAUCCUUUGGACGAAGAUGGAAUACAUUUCUGCUCCAGCUGCGGAUCUGGUAGCAAAAGGGAAGACGGCCCACACGUGUGCGAAUGUGGUGAUCCCACCGCUGUGAGUACAUUCUCCACCGUUGAAGUCGCCCAUACUUUCCAACUCGGAACUAAAUACUCUGAGGCAAUCGGUGCUGUCAACAGUGAUAAGUCUCCCUUGGAAAUGUGCUGUUUUGGCAUAGGAAUCAGUAGACUUCUCCCGGCUGUUGUUUCCUUAGUUCCCGAAGGUGAAGAACGAGUAUGCUUGCCCUCCGUCAUUGCUCCGUUUUCAGCCGCUGUUGUGGUCACGAAG